AUGAACACCAUCCCGUUCAUACGCAACAACCUCACACAUGCAAAGAGAACAGCCAUCAACAGUCUCAAAAACAACUCAGAAAUCAUGAUAAAAAAAGUAGAUAAAGGAUCAGCAGUCGUUAAUCUAAACACUACUGACUACAUACAAGAGGCCACACGUCAACUCACUGACACCAACUUUUAUCUCAAAAUAGACCAGGACCCCAUCAUGGAAUUUGCUAAUGAAAUCACACAACUUCUCAACAAAUUCUUCACCAAAGAAGAGAUCACUUACAAAAUAUUCAAUAGACUGUUACGCAAACACCCCAAACCCGGCCAGUUUUACCUCCUGCCCAAAAUUCAUAAAAACCUAACACCGGGUAAAGUACCGGUCCGCCCUAUCAUAAGGGGGAACGGUACGGCCACUGAACUGAUUAGGAGCUUCGUUGACGAACACAUAAAAGAGUUCGUCAAACAUUAUCCCAGUUACAUCAGGGACACCACCCACUUCAUCCAGACCGUAGGCACUUUCAACCUCCCACCCAAUAGCGACAUCAUUCUUGUCACUAUGGACGUCACAUCCCGUUACACCAAUAUACCAAACAUUGAAGGCCUCCGUUCAGUAGCUCAGGCCAUUAGGCGCUUCAAACCUGACUGGCAAUGUGUCAACAGGGAAGAGAGAGAGCGCAGCAUAGACGAAGACAGUCAAGGCACCAUCAACAGUCCAGGUCAAGGAGUCGUGGAUAACAGUCUCGACAUAUUUGAGGAGAAGAUGGAUUUGAUCCUUGAACAGUGUCCUGGAACACUUGGUAUCAGUGAUGAUACAGCAGUCUUUGGAAAGACUGUAGAGGAGCAUGAUCAAAACCUGCAUCAACUUAUGAAAGUUGCAGCAAGAUAUGGUCUCAUCUUCAACAUUGAGAAGUGUGAGAUAAGAAAAGAAAGGAUCAAGUUCUUUGGAAACUAUUAUAAUGCUCAAGGUGUACAUCCUGAUCCAGAAAAAGUUCAGGAAAUUCACAAUCUACCUCCACCUGCGAACACUGUUGAACUGCAGCGGAUCCUGGGGAUGAUACAGUAUAUGUCAUCAUUCAUACCCAACAUGGCUGACUUCACGGAACCAUUAAGGAUGCUGACCCACAAGGACAGUGUUUGGCAAUGGACAGAAUCGCAUCAAGCAGCAUUUGACAAGCUGAAGACUAUGAUCUGUCUUGAUGGUACUCUGAAAUACUUUGAUCCAAGGAAGCCAACAGUCGUGCAAGUUGAUGCAUCAAUGAAAGGUCCAGGUGCUGUGAUCAUGCAGGACUGA